AGCAGAAGGAUUUGGGAGAGAGGACUUUAGCCGCUCUACUCAGACUUCCCUUCCUUUUUCUCUCUGCUACAUUAUGAACGAGGCGCGUGAAACCCACGCGCCCCUCUCUCUCUCUCUAAACUUGUGGGUGUUCUUAUUGGAGAGAGAUUGAAAGAAAAAAACAAACCCACCACCACCACCACCACCUCCACCUCCACCUCCGUUUCACUUUCUCCACCAUAAAUAUAAACAGAGAAGAGAGAGAAAAUGGUGGUUUUAGUGAGAGAAAAUAAAGGAGAGAGAGUUUCCAAUUCAUUGUCUUCCUCCCUCUCUCUCUCUCUCUCUCUCUGUCUCUCUAGAAGUUAAACCUUUUUCUUUGUUAUACCAAAAAGCCAAAGUUUGUGGCAGUACUCAGUGAUCGACAGCAGCUGAAGCUGAGCUGAAUCAGCUGCAGAAACAGCAGCAGAACCAGUAGCAGAAGAAACAGAAGCAGAAGCAGAAGCAUUUCUGGUGCUCAUACGAAAGAGAAGAAGAUUAUAUAAGAGCCCCGAACAACAAAUCCAAAAAUCAAAACCCAUCUCUCUUAAUUUUGUUUUUUUAUUUUCUCCCCUCUUCUUCUUGUUCUUGUUCUUGUUCUUCCUGUUCUUCCUUUUUUUCUGUCAUCCAAAUCUCUCUGCUACAAAUUCAGACAGACCCCACUUCCCAUAUAACGCCUAAAUAGAUUGAAUUCCCCGAUCCCAAUUUUUUUUUUUUAAUUUAUUAAUUUUAAUUUUAAUUUCUCCCUCUGAUUUUCCGUAUUUAAAUUGUGGCUACUACAAGGAGGUUACCUUCUGAUUCCGGUGCUUUUGCAGACUGGGCGGCUUCCUCUUCCUCCGCCGCUCGUUCCGCCCCUGAUGAUCUCUCUCUCGGCUUCAAUGCCGGCCCUACUCCUCCCCCUCCUGUUCUACCCUCCGCCUCCAUGUGGUCCGCCGCCGCUGCUUCUCAAAGGUCUCUUAAUUACGGCCUUGGAUCAGAAAUGAGCAUGGUUGGCCUCCGAGAUGUGUUUGUCGUUGCACCGGCUUCCUCUUUCAACCCUAAUCCUCACCACCACGACAAUAACCUCCUCUCAGAUCCUCAUUCCCUCGCUGUCUCUAACCCCGCCACCGCUCUCGGCGUCGGCGUUAUUCCGCUGCUCACCGCCGGGCCCUGCCUCGGCGUUGAGGAGGAUAAUUUAUUGAGUAAUCGGAGUAGUAACAGAGGCGGAGGGAUUCAGUUAUGGCAACAGAAUCAUUAUUUGAAGAAAAUGCCAUCGUCUCUGGAUCAUCACCUCCAUAAUCCCUCCGCCGCUAACAAUGGACUUCUCGACGACGGAAUCGGUAUCACCGGCGGUUUAGCUUCGUCGUCGUCGGCGACGACCACGUGUCAGGACUGUGGUAACCAAGCGAAGAAGGAUUGUAGUCAUAGACGCUGCAGAACUUGUUGUCGAAGCCGAGGGUUCGAUUGCACUACUCACGUGAAGAGCACGUGGGUUCCUGCAGCGCGACGGCGAGAGCGGCAACUAAUGGGGGUAACUGCUAACGCCGCUGCUGGUUCAUCCGCCUCCACCUCUGGCGCGAAGAAACCGCGACUCAUCGCUUCGCAAACCACUUCUCGAACUUCCACUUCCAAUACGACGCCGCCGCGUAGCCUCGAUACGAGCUCCAGCCAUCAAGAUGCUGGUUUUCCAGAGGCAUUACCAGGACAAGUACGUGCACCGGCGGUUUUCAAGUGCGUGAGAGUCACGGCGGUGGACGACGGCGACGACGAAUACGCUUAUCAAGCGGUGGUUAAAAUCGGCGGACAUAUCUUCAAAGGUUUUUUGUACGAUCAAGGCGUUGAACCAGGAGAUGAGUUUCCGAAUGUUUCGGAAUUGCAUUUAGGCGACGGCGGUGGAAUAACCAGAAACAAUCGGAAUGGCAUUUCUUCUUCUCCGCUUGUUGAUCCAUCGGACGUCUACAAUGCUGCCGCCACUGGCGGCGGCGCUCCAUGUUUUCUCGGCGGUUCAAAUUACGGUAAUCAAAUCAGCUGAUAAAUUUCAUACUGAUUCUCUUCACAAUUUCAAAAAAAGAACCCGCAAUUAUGUAAUUUCAUCUGAUUUAUGAUAUCAUAUUUCUACUAAC